AUUUGUUCAUAUUCUUCAGUCCUCGCCCCUCAUAUAUAAACACCACCGGUUCUCGUCUCCUAUUCUCUUCCAGUUUGAGAUUAGGGUUUCUGCAACUGUUCAGCAAUGGGGAAGGGAACGGGGAGCUUUGGAAAGAGGAGAAACAAGACCCACACUCUCUGUGUGAGGUGUGGCCGUCGCAGCUUCCAUCUCCAGAAGAGCCGCUGCUCGGCUUGUGCUUACCCAGCCGCCCGCAAGAGGACAUAUAACUGGAGCGUGAAGGCGAUCCGUAGAAAGACGACUGGAACUGGCCGCAUGAGGUAUCUCCGCAACGUGCCUCGCCGAUUCAAGACCAACUUCAGGGAAGGUACUGAAGCAGCUCCAAGGAAGAAGGCAGCAGCAGCUUCUGCUUGAAGUUCAUUGAGGGUGAAUCUAUGAAGGUUACUUUUAAGUUUUCAUUUUGAUACUUCAAAGAAUUAGAACAAGUGAGAUAUUGAGGCACCUUAUUGUGUGACCAUUCAAUCCUUAGCUGUGUUUAUGUUAAGCGUGUAUUUCAAUUUUGCUUAUGUGACAGUAAAUUUGUUUUGAAUGCUCUUUUUCUUCAUGGUGUUACUUUUCUGGCAA